AUGAUACACUUCUCGACAGUUGGACUUGCAGUGCUUGUCGUGCUUGCCCAGGUUUCAGCAAACCCUGCAUGCUACACGCUUGGGCUGGUUGAUAGUGCAACUGUUAACAGGAAGCCAGGAUUUCCUGAUAAAUUUGAAACCCAAAACUACAACUCACCGGAUCCUUCUGUCAAGUUUGUAAUGGACUAUUCAGUGGAUUCAACUUUCGCCAACCUCAACAUCAGCGAAAGUGCGAUCCCUGACCAAUACUACUUCCGGUAUUAUCUCACCCCAGAGGGUGAAGAUCUGGGUGUUGCUCUGAAGGAUUCAGACGGCUACACCCUGGGGGGGAGAUACAUUUACAGCAAGACGCAAUGGCCUGAACAGUCGUUCAUAUUCCCUGUGAAUCGCAGGUUGAGGCCAGGUCGGACUUACUACUUCCGGAACUAUCGUGUCAGAGAUGAUUGCAUGUAUCCUUCAUGGGCAUGGCAGAAGUACUAUCCCGAGGAUGUUCUGACUUCACCCUUCAGCAAGGUGGUGUAUGGGCUCCCGUCGCCUGUCAACUCGAUCCAAGUUGUCUUGCUGGACCAAAGUAAGACAGUCUUGGUGUCCUGGCCGCUCCCAACUGACACCGGGAAUGCGCUGCCUGCGGAUAACAAUAGAAGUGUUCCUGUCCGAUAUUAUCUAGAGUUAACUGAGGUGAACAGAACAGCAAACAGCACCAUUCUCAAUCUUAACAGCACAUGGCUGAACUUCUCAGCAGAAGUCAAUUUAACCGAGUCUAGUUUACAAAUCGGAAUCUUGUACAAUAUCAGUCUUCAAGUGGAAAAUGAAAUUGGAUUUUCUCCCGUCACGUCUAGGUAUCUCCGACCUGCAACAAAUCCUGGAGUCCCCGAUUUGUUUCAGGCGGCCUUGAAUCCCAACAAUCUCACAAACGUCUCAGGAAACAUGUUUGCUGUCUUGUCAUGGAAAGAUCCUAUUGACAAAGGUCUUGUCUCGAAACUGCAGAACACGUUUUUGACUGCCCAGAAUUAUCAAGACGACCAGCUUGGAUACUACUCAGCAUACGGCAAAUCUGCGACAUUGCAGAAGAGCUAUCCCCUGCCGUUCCCAAUGAGACUUGGCUACUUCCUGCCAUGCGCCCCGACGUGUGCGAAUGAAAGCAAGAACCAGAUAAUCUUUGUGAGUCCGCCCAAUGCCAGAGGGAUAUCAGACUACUGCACUCCUUGCAAUGGAUGUGGCGUGGAUUCUCAAAUCGCAUGCCCAUCGUCUUGGACCCCCAACAUCACGGCAAACUUCAAUCCCGUUGAAGAGUGUGGAAGCAGUGUCCAUUUGUGCAAGAAUCCUGCGGUUGAGAUCUUUCCUGGCAAGCCUUACCAAUUCACGGUUCAAGCGAUAUGGUUGGAUCCUACCACAUCUGAUUCGUCAACUCUUUCGAAGACGUAUGGUAAUUCGCAGGUUGUCUAUGCAAAGAACAUCAGAUUUGAGUAUGAGAAAGACUUCGACUCUGUUCUGGCGCCAUAUGUGGGGAGUGAUUGGAGCAAGUUUGUUUCUGUCUCAAGGAGGGAUGUCUUUUGCAACGGCAGCUCUUCGGAUCCGGUGGGCUGCUCUCAACUGAACAACAACAGCCAUCAGUAUUUCGGCUCGACUCAAUCCGUGUCUGACUGGAGGAUGUUCGAAUAUGGUUGGAGUGAGCUGAUUGUGGAUGUUUCAUUUCGUGCAGAACUGCUUUACAUCCCUCAAGAUCCGACGCUUUGCGUCACUGCGAUCGGAGACUCCAACUCGAGAUCUAAGCUGUGCUUCGUGCUCAAAACGAUCAGAUCCAGCCCAAGUUUUGUCACUCCAAGUCUCCGCGCGGAGCUUCAUGUUGGAUGCGAGUUUGCCGAGGUCUUCGAGGCACAAGACAAGACUGAAGCCAAUCUGGCGGUCGAGGAGGCCAAGGGUAUGAACUACACUGUCAAGAUUAUCCCUGGUGGAGGAUACAUCCAGUCUUUCUAUCGCAACGCAUCGUUCACGGACUUACCCACUGGUGCGUCGCUGCUACCCAACGGCCUCACCUCAGCCUUGAACAACCCAGUGAGCUACCGGCUCAAGUGGACCCCCCAGAGGAAGCAAGAGGGCUACACCUACGUCAUCACCUUGGAGGCUAUUGGUUACAUCGACAACAAGCUAGUCUCAUUGGUCUCUGGUCCGCUGCAAAACACGAUCACAGUGAGCCUGAAAGUCCUGAGGUGCAAGAUGUGUGUAAAUAACGUGUCGCUGGAAUACAUUGCGCAAGAGUGGAGAACGUCCUGGCUGAAUGUGUGGAGCGGAAAUCACCAGCUUUGGCAGCAGAACGUGAUAUCUUUGGGGCCCGUCUUGACGGUUGAAUGUGGCAACGGCCACUUCUGCAACGACGACGUGUACCACAUCGGAGAUAGGUACGGGGUCAGCGUUAGCGAUCUCCUGUGGUGGAACCCCGACAUUGCUGAUGAUGCGGGUAGAAGCGCCAAGUACGCGCUGACGACGGGCCAGGAGAUCUGUGUGCUACCCAAUACUUGCCUGACGUCAGGACAUAUAUUCUCUGCCGGGUAUUGA